AUGCUGUCUGCAGUCGCCAGAAUGGCUGUUGUGGGCUGUGCCAUCUACAAGCUUUACAGGAAAGCCGAGAAGGCCAUGAAGAAUGACGAGGAGUAUCUUAUGAAAAUAACGGGCCACGCCAAGGAGCUGGGAGAGAAGAUGAUCAACGAGGCCAAGAAGCACGCCAGAGACAAGGAGUAUGAGCUGUCUGCAGAGUAUUUCUACUACGCCUAUGGGCUCCUGGACUCGGGCUGGGACUACAUCAUGGCCCAGGUCGAUUCCCAGGAGGUGCACAGGCUUUUGCAUGCCAAGAAAUGUCAAGACGCCAGAAGUCUGUCUUCACAAUAA